AAGAAAAGGUGUAGUGUUUGGGGCUUCGGCGGGCUAGGCUGGUUUGGCAGGGCAAAGAAAGCUCUCCGAAGAAAACAAAACCAAAUCCAGGUAAUACCCAGGUGGGUUAUUUUUCUGAACCCAAAAGAUAAGGCCUGAAGCGAGUUCUCCUGCGAGGGGCUACCCCAUGGGAGUAGGACAGAGUGCGGGAGAAGCAAGGCCUUCCUCUGUAGCUACCCUACCCACCUUCCUGCAGAAACAUGGAACUCGCGUGCCCUGAGUUGCUGGAGCCUCCAGAGGACAUCUUCUCCACAGGAUCUUUCCUGGAGCUGGGACUCAACUGUCCUCCAUCCAAGGGCCUUCAGAAGAGCGAGCCUGAUGAUUUCCUGAACCUCUUCAUUGAUCCCAAUAUGGUAUAUUGCUCAGAAACAUCUCCUACUAGUGACAGGGGCUUCUCUGAAGACCCUAGCUCCCCUACCCAACAGGCACCCAGUUCUCCUGCCCUCUAUGAGGUUGUCUAUGAGGCAGGGGCCCUGCAGAGCACUCAGCAGGAAACAGGGCCAACCUUCGGACUCAUCUCCAUACAGAUAGAUCAGUGGAGCCCUGCAUUUAUGGUCCCUGAUGCCUGUCCAGUCAGCGGACUGCCCCCUAAUGCUCACAGACAUAUCCUGCCUAGAGCCAGCAGCAUUGCCCCAGUAUCUCCUGCAGCCCUGCUGUCCUGCCAACGUCUCUUCCUGACAGACGAAGAGAAGCAUCUGCUGGGGCAAGAAGGGGUUUCUCUGCCCUCUCACCUGCCCCUCACCAAGGCAGAGGAGAGAAUACUCAAGAAGGUCCGGAGGAAAAUCCGCAACAAGCAGUCAGCUCAGGACAGCCGGCGACGGAAAAAGGAAUACAUAGACGGGCUGGAGGGCAGAGUGGCUGCCUGUUCUGCACAGAAUCAGGAACUACAGAGAAAGGUCCAGGAGCUGGAGAGGCAGAACACCUCCCUGGCAGCGCAGAUCCAGCAGCUCCAGCAGCUCACGGCUCAGACCUCCAGCAGAGCUGCGCAGACCAGCACCUGUGUUCUGAUUCUUCUUUUUUCGCUGGCUCUCAUCAUCCUGCCAAGCUUCAGCCCCUUUCAGGGUCAACCGGAAGCUAGGCCUGAGACUUACCAGCUUCAUGGAGUGAUUUCCAGAAAUAUCUUGACUCAGAAGGACGUGACAGAAAGCCGGGAGAUUCCAGUGCUGAAGUCCAAGCUGGCGGAGCCACCUGAACUCCCAACUGCAAAUGGCUCGUCAGAGACACAGCUAAAGAUGGGAGUGAAGGCUAGACCCGUUGGGCAGACCAGGGGACUGGUGCGUGCAGAUGAGAUGUAAGCCGAACACUUUUUGGUCACACAGGAAUCCGCACAGGCUUUCCCAGCACUGUUUCACCUGGAAUUCCCAGUGAGGAGUCUGUAGCCCUAAGGUUCUGAGUCACUCAGGACACCGGAGAUUUCUGUCCCCUAAAGCCAGGUUUACUUAUAAGGCAGGGUGCCUCAAAAACUUGUCAGAUAUUUGUGGUUUUAUUUCUUCUUUGUGGAUAAGAUCAAGGGGAAACAAGUUUUAACUUG